CAACGCCGCGUUCGACGGUCCAAAGUGAGUCAGAGGACGGGAAGCCAGCGGAACAUUCCGUGUCUGUCAAGCGGGGAGGAGCAGUCCUGUCUGGGCGUGAGACCAGCGGGACAUUCAGUAUCUGUCAGGCGGAGAGGAGCAGCCCUCCGCGGAACACUCGGUAUCCGAGCGACGUCCUGUCAACCGGAAACCGGAGCGGGGCAGCAGCCCUCCGCGGACACUCGGCGCCCCAUCCCGGCUCUACAUGGACCAGCGCCGCCGAGCAGCGAGCAGCAGCCCACCGAAGCGGUCCUAGAGCGGAGCAUGUGAAGAGGGGAAACUAUGUGCUCCACGGAAAACAACGCGGAGCUCCAGUCCAAGUCGUCCGACCCGGCUCUCCUGUUGGAGCUGAAGACCAGGCGCCCCCCGUCCCUGGUGGACCGGGCGGGAUGUGAGACCUGGAGCGUGGACUUCUCCCCGGACGGAGCGUGGUUCGCCUGGUCGAUGGGACACGGGAUCGUGUGGGUGGUCGCCUGGCCGCUUGACUCCGAAGACAAUCAGAACGGAGAGAUUGACCGAGGGGACAAGAGCUUCAGUUGUGGUCACCCGGUGUGGGGGCUCGCCUUCGGACCCAGACCUCCAAAAUCUGCUGCGGUGGCGAAGGCGGCUGCACCACGUCCAGCUAAAGCGUCAUCCAGAGGGCGCAACAUCCUGCUUCUGGCCACCGGCUUGGAGAACGGGGUGAUCAAAGUGUGGAACGUGUUGACAGGUGAUGCUAUUUUGGAUCUGCACGGCCAUGAAGGCGUGGUGAGAGACCUUGUGUUCCCCCAGAACGGGACGCUCACGCUCAUAUCAUCCUCUCGUGAUAAGACUCUGAGGAUUUGGGAUCUUGCUCAUAAAGGGAAGAAGGUGCAGGUGCUCACUGGUCAUAAAGACUGGAUCAGCUCCUGCAGCGUGUCGUCUGACUGCAGCAUGAUCGCGUCCGUGGGCAGAUUCGACAGAAUGGUGUGUCUAUGGAGCCUGCGGUCGUACACCUUCAUCAGGAACCUGACAGGAGGCACCCAUAAGACCCUGUACCUCCUCUCCUCCUGCGAUUUCUCCCCCGACGGGGCCGUGCUCGCCACGGCCGCCUUCAGCGGAUCCAGCUGGUGGAUCGACCUGUGGGACCCGUACACGGCGGAGAAGCUGGCCACCCUGGCUGACUACUUUGAAGACUACGGCCAGAACCAAAUAUCAGCAAUACAGUUCUCUCCCAACGGUUUGAACCUGACCAUCGUUACUGAUGACAGAGCUCUGAGAAUCUGGGAGCCAGGAAAGCGAGGCAUGGUGAUGCAGACCAGGAGGGACCGAGACUCCAAUGGACUGUGCUGCAACUACCAUCCACAAGGGGGCGUUGUUGCUACAGGCACACGAGACGGCCACGUGCGGUUCUGGAAGGCCCCCCGGAUGGUGCCCAGCCUGUGCCACCUGUGCCGCUCCGUCCUGCGCCACUCGGUCUCCACCCACCAGAUCGAGGCUCUGCCCCUCCCCAAGAGGAUCCUGGAGUACCUCACCUACAGAAACAUCCCCGAACGCCUGAAGACCUGCUGCUCCUCCGACGACGAGGACUGGGAAGGUUAAACCGGAAUGUACAACAACAACAACAACAAAAAUCUAACUACUGACGUCUGCUGAGUGAUUGUUAUGACCGAUCAACCCCGAACUUCAAACCUCUGAGUGGUGAAAUUAGUAAUCCUGGGAAACCGAGGGCCCUGGCAAUCACUGCAACACACACCACCUUUGUAAACCUCUUCAUGGGAACAAUCCGAGUCCCAGAUCUCAGUCCGAACAAUCCGAUCCAUAGAGGAUAUAGCAAGAGCUGCUCAAGGACUAAAAGGAAACUAAAGCAAACCCUACAUACUUUUUAAUAUUUGGGGGGCUUGUUUACAUCUGCACCACUAGGGGGAAUGGUUGAAAGUAGUUUAUGGGCAAUUUAAACCACUGUGGCGUCCCUUUCGCUCACAACCAGAACAACAGGGAGUCAGAAGUGAAUCGGUUUUGUUGCUGCUCGCAGAUUUAGAAGCUAAAGCUCACUGCUUCCGUUCGCCGGCUCGCCGUCAACACGAGAUUUCGUGCGUGGACGUCGGCCAUGCUUGGUUCAUGUGUUCGACCAAUCACUGUGUCCUAUGUCUGUUCUUGUGGAGAAAAGGGAAAGAGCCAAGCAGGAGAGGCAAUAUUAUCGGAGGAAUAAGAUGUGAAAGCUACAAUUCCAUUGCUAAUUAUGGCGCAUAAGAAGCUUCAACAAUCCCUCCUGAUGGACAUUUUUUUCAGCUACAAAACGGGCCUGCAGUUCAGAUGGUUUUAAUGUUGUGGCUGAUCUGAAUACUCUCAUAUCAAUGCCUUUACUGCUUUCUUACAGAGGUGCAUAUCUUGAUGUAAUCUACCUUAGAUGCAACAUUCCUUCACCGAGGGUUUCAUUUAUUGCACUAUUGCUGUAAUACGAUGCAUUAACUCAAUGUUAACACGACUAUCUGACUUGAAUAUCACAGUUUUAUAUUAAUUUAUUAUGUAAAUAUCAGACACGUAUGUAUUUUUAAUUGCUGUGUUUAUCAUCCUGAAACUGCACAUGCACUACCUACUGUACCUGUAACAGAAGAUAACGGAGACUCAACUUGUAGAGAAAGUUUUAUUAAACAGAUUUAAAGACA